AUGCAGUCCCUUCGCCGCUCGCUCGCGACGCACGGCGCGCGAUCUUUCGCGCGCGGGGGCGCCGGCGCUCCCGCCCCUGUCGCGUUCUUCCCCCCCGCGGCCUCGACGCUGCUGAACCACCGCCGCGGGAAGAGCACGGAGGCGCUCGCGGAUGACUUGGUGAAAGCGUGCGACGACCUCCUCGCCGCCGGGAAGCGGAUCAACUGGAUCUUCCUCGGCGCCCCCGGGGUCGGGAAAGGGACGUACGCGACGCGGAUCUCUAAGCUCAUGAAGAUCCCGCACAUCAGCGCGGGAGAUCUCGUGCGGGACGAGAUCAAGCGCGGGACCGCGAGAGGCGCGGAGAUGGAAGCGAUCACGAGCACGGGGCAGCUCCUUCCGGACUCGGUCAUCUUGGACAUCUUGAAGGACCGCGUCCAGCGAGGGAUCGAGAACGGCGAGCGGGGUUUUCUGUUGGACGGAUUCCCUCGCACCGCGGCUCAGGCCGCGGCGCUGAAGGAGUUCGCGGAGGUGCAGCAGGUGCUGAACCUCGGUCUGCGAGAGGACAUCCUCGUCGAGAAGUGCUGCGCGCGACGGCUGUGCAAAGAGUGCGGGAAGAACUUCAACAUCGCGGACAUAAACUACCCCGGGGACCCGCCGAUCGUGAUGCCGCCUCUGAAUCCGCCGAAAGAGUGCGAGCACAAGAUGGAACAGAGGAAGGACGACACCGAGGAGGUAGUGAAAGCGCGGUUGAAGGUGUACAAAGACAACGCGAAGCCGGUGGAGGAUUUUUACGAAAAGGAAGGGAAGCUCGCGGAGUUCCAAAUCGUAUCGGGGAUCCCGGAGACGAUGCCCGUGCUCCUGACGAAGAUCAUCGGGAUCGUCAAGGCGUCCAAGUGA